AUGUUGAAGUUCAAAGAAGACGAACGCCCAACAUUACAAAAAGUUCUAGACAGUUCCUAUUACAAUCCUUCUGAAGAUUACAAGUUGUACGAGGAUUAUAAGUCACCUGGUCUUUGUGUUAUCUUUAAUCAGCAGGUUUUUCGUCUUGAAAAAAAGAACCGUGAAGGGAGCGACAAGGACCGAGAUGCGUUAAGUGAUACGUUCAAAAAACUGGGUUUCAACACUGAAGUUCACGAAAAUCUAGAAUCGUUUGAUUAUAAUUGUACGUCCUGUUUUCUAGAUCAAUCGACAAACAAGGAAAUCGAUCCUAACAACCAAAAAGAAAAGUUAAAAGAGGUUUUGGAAAUUUUAGAAGACGCCCCAAGGAAUCCUCCACUGAUGGAUUUUAUCACAAUCAAAUCGACCCUGCCUGGUUUCGUGUCCUACCGGUUAGUCGUUAAGGAUAAGAAUGGGCAAGUGCAAGAGUAUCUAGGUAGCUCUUUCAUACAAGCUCUCUGUGAAACUUUGUCUGAAUAAUAUUUCGAGAAAAAAGAAAAGGGUAGAAAACAUAUGGAAUUGGAAGGUUUACUUAGAAGUGUUCAAUUGAAAAUCAACAAAGUUUCAGAACGAAUAGAUUGGUGGCAAACCAUAUGCAAUGGGAAGCAUAUCUGCGUAAAUACAUUCGAUUUCGCGAAUGUAAAGCCAAAGACAUUAACGUUAAAUUUAGAAACUUAAAGGACGAUUACCAUUUCAUCCUAAAGGGUUAGUUUGUUUAAGGUAAAGGUUCAGUUUGAAUUUUAUAAAUAAUGCCUAGUGCUAAACGACGAAAGAUCCAAAUUGCUCUGUUGAUCACUCUGUUGAUUAAUUAGUGCCUGUGUUAUAAAUGUUUUUGCGGUGCAUGAAAUUGUCACCUAUAAUAUGCUGUAUCUCUAGCCAAUACAUCGGACGCCUUGA